AAGGUACAGGGUGUAUUUAUAGCACGGUGUGAGCCAGGGAGCAGCAGGGACAGGAGGGGGGAGAAUGGUGCCCGAGCAGAGGCGUGCAGCACAGGAUGAGACCUCUGAGGAGCAGAGGAGCGGAAGGAAGCUGGACCAUGAGAAGCAGUAUGUGGGCUUUGCCACUCUUCCUAACCAGGUCCACCGGAAAUCUGUGAAGAAGGGUUUUGACUUCACCCUGAUGGUCGCAGGAGAGUCCGGUCUGGGCAAAUCCACCCUCGUGAAUAGCCUGUUCCUGACAGAUCUCUACAAAGACAGAAAGCUCCUCAAUGCAGAGGAGAGAAUCAACCAGACGGUGGAGAUUGUCAAGCACACAGUGGACAUUGAGGAGAAGGGGGUUAAGCUGAAGCUGACUAUAGUGGACACACCAGGCUUUGGAGAUGCUGUUAACAACACCGAGUGCUGGAAGCCCAUCACUGACUACAUCGACCAACAGUUUGAACAGUAUUUCCGUGAUGAGAGCGGCCUGAACCGGAAGAACAUCCAGGACAACCGAGUGCAUUGCUGCCUCUACUUCAUCUCACCCUUCGGGCACGGUCUGAGGCCUGUGGAUGUCGAGUUCAUGAAGGCUCUGCAUGAGAAGGUCAACAUUGUGCCCCUGAUUGCCAAAGCUGACUGCCUGAUUCCCUCUGAGAUCCGGAAACUAAAAGAAAGGAUCCGGGAAGAGAUUGACAAAUUUGGCAUUAAAGUGUACCAGUUUCCGGAGUGUGACUCUGAUGAAGAUGAGGAAUUCAAACAGCAAGACAGAGAGCUGAAGGAGAGCGCUCCCUUUGCCGUCAUCGGCAGUAACACGGUGGUGGAGGCGAAAGGCCAGAGAGUCCGUGGACGGCUGUACCCCUGGGGCAUUGUGGAAGUGGAAAACCAGGCACACUGCGACUUUGUGAAGCUGCGGAACAUGCUGAUUCGAACACACAUGCAUGACCUGAAGGACGUCACUUGCGAUGUCCACUAUGAGAACUACCGAGCUCAGUGCAUCCAGCAGAUGACUAGCAAGCUUACUCAGGACAACAGGAUAGAAAGCCCGAUUCCUAUCCUGCCUCUCCCAACACCUGACACUGAGACAGAGAAGCUGAUCAAAAUGAAGGAUGAGGAGUUGCGGCGGAUGCAAGAAAUGCUGCAGAAGAUGCAGCAGCAGAUGCAGGAUCAGUGAAAGGCAGGUGUUCAGCGGGCAAAGGGAAUCUCCUGGUGACCGUCUGAAGCCUGGCUUGAGCUGUGGACCUUUAAAAAGAAGUUCCCUGUUGUGUAGAGACUUGUGGGCAAGAGCUACACUCGCACCCUCUAAUUUAUUAGCAGCAAUGCUGGCUUUGCAGUCAGCCAGAUUGUGGAGGAGGCUGUUCACUUAACAGUUUACUGAUGUGUAUUUCUUUUUUUUUAAUUAUUACUCUUUCCUUUCUUUUCUUUUUCUCUUUUUUUCUUUUUUCUUUUUUUUAAAAGAAAAUAGCCUGGGAAGUAUCUAAGGCAUCCUAAAAAAGAAAAGAAAGAAAAGAAAAAGAUUUCCCUUUCCCAUGUACUAAUUUCUUGUUUGGGAAUGCUCUGGUAUUUAAAGUCCUGGUUUCUCUGGUGUACGAACUUGAAGGUUAUCUGUGUCCAUGCACGUAAAUGUUUACUCCCAACUGAGGUGCUCUGCCCCCCUCUCCCUCCCCUCACCCUGGGCCAGCACAGGCAUCCUAAAGGCAGCUCUUCCCUCCUGUGAGUUGGACCUGCGCUGCCCAGCCUUCUCAGCCUGGGGCCAGCUCUGGCCCAGAGAGCAGGGGCUGGGGGUGUCUCUGUGCAUUGACCUGCUGAGGGGUCCUGAUAGGUGCCUGGUUCCCUGCCUGGCUUUUUUUUUUUUUUUUUGGUUGGUUAGUUGGUUGGUUUUGUUUUUCCUAUCAACAAACUCCAGGAUCUUUGCACUGAGUGGCAGGGGACAAGAGUAUCUUAAGGUCAGUUAGAAGAAAGCACUUCCACUGCCCUCAGCGAGGUCUUUCUGGCAGAGAGGAUGAGUUGCUGAGGGAUUGCCUGCAAGGAAGAUGUCUGAUGAUGGGAGUCAGCCCCUUCCCAGACUACCAGCCAUGGUCUUCCCACAGCAGGUCGGAGGGGUUGGCAGAAGCACUGUUGCAGGAAGCCCAGGGCCCUGCAGUGGCUCUUGAGGGUAUCUCAUGGCUCUGGUCUUCCAGCUGCACUUUUCUCCACUGUUUGCCUGGAAAAGUACCAUGGCAGCCAGAGUGUUUAGCUGUUCCUGCUCUGGAAGAACAGAAACGCUAGAGCUGAAAGCCAACCCCAAAUUCAGAGCUGUACUCUGUCCCCAGGCUUGUAAUUCCAAAACUGUAUUGCUGGCUCUGCAGUUUUCCUGGGGCAAGGGGCAGUUUUGGGCAUUUGUGCCAGAGAUCUGAGAGCCGCCUGUCCCGGCAGGCUGUCUUGGGGGGCAAGAGGUGGCAGAUGGGCUGUGGGGAGCUGUUGUGGGUCACCAUGGCAGGUGCAGGAAUGUCUCUGUGCAGGGCUGAGCACAGCCCAGCAGACUUGGCACUUCCUCCCCUGCCCUUUCCCCUGGGACUGAGCCCUUCUCCCCCUUCGCUGGUCCCCAGCUCUUCCUGUCUCAGUGCUGGGAAGGCUGGUGGAUCUGCUGGGCAGAGAUAAGAGCAUUCUUUGGGCAGCAGCUUCUCUCCCACUCUUGCUUCCUGCAGUAUUUUUAACUUCUAGUCCAGCCAGAGGAUAGCCCAGGAGUGUAAUGUGUCUGACAGCGCAAGACUCGCUAGAAACACUGCCAUGCUCACAGGGAGUCCAGGGCUGUUGGAGGGAGAGAUGCUUGGCCCUUCCCUCCAACUCCAGAGAGCACCACCCUGGACGAGGACUUUCUGCUCCUCUGGCUCCUGGCCCCAUUCCUCUGUCCGCACAUCUGCCCGUUGUUUCAGCUCCUCCAUCUCUGGCUCUCCACAGUAGAUCUCUCUGGCUGGGAAUAGCCAGGUGCUCAGUUCUUUUGUUAGAUGCUGCAUUUGUCUGGGUUGGGUACCACACUGAUUUCUCUCCAUGAGGCUUUAAAUGUCCUGAUCAGAGCUUGUUCAGGAGGUGAGUAGGUUGGCUGGUUCCAGUUAUUCACUGUACAGAGCCUUUGCCAGGCCAGAACGUGGGUUGUAGGGGCAGCAGAGAGACCCUGAUGCAACACUGAAGGACAAAGUGAGGGUGGAAGCCCCUCUGCAGAAAUGUGAAAGCUAGACAAGAGCAGUGUCCAAGGCAAGCCUCUUCUAAGCGACCCUCAGAGAGGUGAGAAGUGGGGCAGGGGCUUUGGGAACAAGCUCAGCGGGACAGGAGGGAACUCUCCUGCCUAGCCAAUAUUUUUUCUUUCCUUCUCCCCUGUAUCAGGCAUAUAAGUGACAGUGGCGGAGCCAGCCCAGGGGAGUGGAAGGGUUCAGCCUGUCUUCAGUAAGGCCAGAUGCUUCAGGAGGAAAUGCAACCUUUCUUUCUGCAGUCUACAUACUUGAGGAACAGAGUAGCCAGAGGUGAGAGCUUCCUCCAGGCUUUCUGGAGGAGGUUUGCUGCUGUCCCAGGGCAGGAGGACCGCUAAGUUCUCAGUUUUAUUCAUGCUAGCGUAACUGGAAACACCUUGUGGUAUCUGUCCCCUCUCUUUUCUUACGUUAGUCUUGUCUGUGAGGAGGAGGUUCUGUUGCAAAUGAGCCCUGUCCAGGUAGAGAUGUUCCUCUUUUGCAUAGAUUCAGGUCUAAAGAUGGAAACCUUUAUUCUUUAGCAUUUACAUAGGAGAGAAUACAGCCUUUAUCCUGGGCUGUGUGCUGAAGUACUGUAUUAGGGUGCUGGGGAGAAUGCAAGGAGCUGGGGUCAGGCAAGACUGCUGAGUAUUUAGCUGCUUCUCUUCCCCUGGGUGAGGAAGUCUCCAUCAGUUCAGUGCAUAUGGCUCCUAAAUCGAGUCAGUAGUUGCAGCUGCAUUCUCUGCAGAGAGCAGAAGUCUUCAACUAUCAGCUGGCAAAGACAGUUUUGAGUUGCACUUGGAUAAAAAUGCAUACCAGCGAGGCAUUAGAGAGACAGCUUCUGUCAAGGGGAGUGGCACUGCUGUCCCUGCAUAGGAGGUUCCUUUCCCAGAGCAUCAGAGCUGGGGGGCUGCCGGGAAGGGGUCAGAGGCUGACUUCUGCAGGGGCACUGGAGAUCCAGCCUUUGGCUUGGAAGGUGACAUCCAUUUAUUAAAGGAGGAAUGCUUUGAACUGUUGAACUGAGCUACGCUAUAAGCAGAGAAGGGACUCCUGAACGAGUGUAGCUUGGCCACAUGGCUCUGGCAGCCAGAGAAGCAGAAGAGUGUGGAUA